AUGUUCCGUAGAGCCCCAUCAUUUAAUGUACGUUCCUGCUCUUUGUUUUGCCCUUUUGUGCCUCAGUUCAGUGUUAUACUCGGUACAUACUGUAUUAAAAAUCCUUGCCGAAACCACGGAACAUGUCAUGCGGAUAGGCAUUUCCCAUACUACAAGUGCACGUGCCCGAGAGGAUAUCACGGGGACGUUUGUGAAUUAAACAAGUGUGACCAGCAACCUUGCCGGAACAACGGCUUGUGUCAUCCUACUACCACACAUCCAUUUUAUGCAUGCAGGUGUCCAGCGGGAUAUUCAGGGACCCAUUGCGAAACUCACGAAUGCGAAAGACAUCCCUGCAAUAAUGGUACUUGCUAUAGAACGGCUACCAGUCCCCACUUUGCUUGCAGCUGCUUCACUGGUUACCAUGGACUCCAUUGUCAAUAUGAAAGCUGCAAAGAAGUGAGAUGCUACCAUGGAGGAACUUGUAGACCCACUGUUCAUUCACCAUUCCAUACUUGCAGUUGCUUACCAGGAUUUCAGGGAACAAGCUGCCUACACAGAGUUCCGCCUUCAACGACAACAGCCAAACCAGCAGUAGCAACAAUUAACACCGACAGAGUUCCGCCUUCAGCGACAUCAGCCAAACCAGCAGUAGCAACAAUUAACACCGACAGAGUUCCGCCUUCAGCGACAACAGCCAAACCAGCAGUAGCAACAAUUAACACCGGCCCUACCUGCUUGGCUUGUAGUAAUGUGGUAUCACCUGAUACAUGUGAAAAUAUUGUCCAGUGUGGAAUCCACGAGGUUUGUUACGUGGACCAGUUCGUUAACAGCAUUGGCAGUUUCAGAUUUAACCUAGGAUGUCGUGACAAGGCGCAAUGUGACGUCAUGCAAAGAGGUGACUCACAAAAUACUGCCAGUGGACAGGCUGCUGACACCCCGCAGCUCUACGUAUGCACAGAAUGUUGCAGAAACAGUUUAUGUAAUAGCGGAGGAUGCGGGAACAAGGUCGUUACUUUUAUUGAGUUGUAUUGUUUUUAA